GCUUCGGCACGAGCCUCGCCGUCCGCGCGCCCCCUCGCGACGGGGGGCAUGAGCGUCGGGAGCCAUGGCUCGCUGCUGGACCUGGCGCGGGGGGCCGGGGCGCGCGCUCAGGCCGCGGGCGCCCGCCCCGCCGUGGCGGCGGAGGCCGCCCGGCGAGGGCCGCCCAGCGGCGGCGCCCCAGGCCCUGGCGCCAAGGCCGGGCUGGCGGCGCUGCGCGGCGACAGUCGCAGCGUGGCCGUGGACUUCCGGCCAGUGCCGCCCCCAGCCCCCGCGCCGCGGACCGGCACGAGGGUGUUCAUGGCCUUCAGCAAGGAGGCCAACAACGCCGAGGCCGCGGGCGCGACGAAGCGACAGCUCGCCGGCGCCUCGAAGGCGUGCUGCACCGCGGUGGCCGUGGCGCUCUGCCUGGCGGUGGUCGUGCUGUGGCAGGGCGACCUCCUCCACCCCUCCCGCGCGGCGCAGGCAGCUAAGAGUAUCGUGUCGAGCAAUGUGAGCAUUCCGCUGAGAGCCUCCAAGAGCCUGCGGACGACAGUAAGUGGCGGCGACGGGGGCAUCGUGCUGGGCGAGCUGCUGGCCAGGCGCUGCUCGGCGCCGCAGGAAGACUGCUCCGCGACGCGCUGCUGCUCCGACCCCGACCUCGCCUGCUACGUGAAGUACCCGGGCUACGCAGGCUGCAUGCCGAGCUGCGGGCCCGGCGCGCGGGAGCCCGGCGGGCCGCCGGGCGCCGAGCAGUGGAACUGCACCCUGCUGGAGGCCGACCCGACCCCGGCGCCCGCGGCACCCGACCCCGUGGCGACCCUGCUCUCCGAGGGCGCCGCCGCGCUGGUCCAUCGAGGCGGUUCCGAGGUGCACGGCGUGGAGCCCUUCCUGCUCAAGUCGGUGGUCUGA